AUGGCGUCGACUGUCCGCACAGUAGAAGGCGCCAGUGGACUGCCCAUUGAAAAUAACGUGAACAGUGUUGAAAAGUGCAUGGAAGUUUCAUGUGUGCUCUCCACGGUUGUGCUGCUGGCAGCGACGGAUGGUGUGGUGGAUAGCGAUGUGGACUUCGAGUUGGGACGGCUAGUUUGUGAUGAUGGUUCGGGUCCCAAGUGCUUUGCCGUUUUUGCAUUUUAUGCUGUCACCUCCAGAUUGGCUCCAUAUCGCACCAAAGCUAAGGCAAGUACACCUCUAAAGGUCGUUCGAAUUUGA